AUGGACAAUACUAGGAUGAACUCCUUCUUAGAGUAUGCAAUUUGUAACCGUGGGACGGGCGCCUACCACCAUUUAGAGCAAAGCUCCCCUUCCUUCCUCUCCUGCUCAGGUAGCCCCGCCAGUGACACUUUUAACGGAGACGGGCGCUUUGGCGUGGGAGGGAGCGCGGCCGCCCAUCUCCCCCCGCAGAACCCCGGCUACCACCCUCCCUCCUCCGGGCGCCCCAUCCCCUUCGCGGGCGCUGCCCCGGCCGCCGGGUACCCGGCCCAAACCUGCAGCCCCAGCUACGGCCACCACCAGCUCUACCUCGGCCAGCAGGACGCGGAUGGCGUGUACUUCCAGGCGGCCGGCUACUCCGCCAACGCGGGAUCCAACCUCAGCUCCUUAGCAGAGAGCUACUGCGGGGCCGCUGGGCAGUACCAGCAGCAACACCUUUACGGGCAGGAGCAGCCCGGCUACUUGCCCGGCGUUUACAGUAACCUCUCGCCUUCUUUAAACGAGGACAAAGACCCUGCGUGCCCCUCCGAGCCGUGCCCCCCCGGCGCCAGCGCAACGCAAACCUUCGACUGGAUGAAAGUGAAGAGGAACCCCCCCAAGACAGCUAAAGUGUCGGAGUACGGACUGCUGGGCCAGCCCAACACCAUCCGCACCAACUUCACCACCAAGCAGCUGACGGAGCUGGAGAAGGAGUUUCACUUUAACAAGUACCUCACCCGGGCCCGGCGGGUGGAGAUCGCCGCUACCCUGGAGCUCAACGAAACCCAGGUCAAGAUCUGGUUCCAGAACAGGCGGAUGAAGCAGAAGAAGAGGGAAAAGGAAGGUCUCGCCCCGGCUGCUGCCUCCAGGUCUGCCAAGGAAGCGAGCGAAGCCUCGGAUCAGUCCAACUGCACCUCACCUGAGGCCUCUCCCAGCUCGGUGUCUUCCUGA